UCCCAUUUUUUCAGUCCCAAUUUGCCAACCAACCACACUCAUAGAACUAAAGCAAAGUGACUCACCAAUUCACACACAUAAUAAACUCACUGCUCUUCUCUCUACCCCUCCGAAACCCGACCCGAAAAUGCGAUCCAAAUCGGAUCCCCCGGUGCCCCCUCCCUCCUCCUCCGGCGGAAGCGACCCCUCCUCCGGCGCAUCCAUCGAUCCGAUCUUCCACCUCCUCCGCGUCCUCCCCUUCAGCUUCCUCCGCCCCCCUCGCCUCCGCCUCAAGCUUCCCUCCUUCACCCUCCCCUCCCCGAACGCCGUCUUCGCCCUCCUCCUCCUCACCUACUUCAUGGUCGUCUCCGGCAUUGUUUACGACAUCAUCGUCGAGCCCCCCGGCAUCGGCUCCACUCAGGACCCCUACACCGGCGCCGUCCGCCCCGUCGUCUUCAUGUCCGGCCGCGUCAACGGCCAGUACAUCAUCGAGGGCCUCUCCUCCGGAUUCAUGUUCGUCCUCGGUGGCAUCGGCAUCAUUCUCCUCGACCUCGCCCUCGAUCGCAACCGCGCGAAAUCCGUCAAGGUUUCCUACGCCUCCGCCGGCGUUUCCUCCGUCGUGCUAGCUUACGUCAUGAGCAUGCUCUUCAUCCGCAUCAAGAUCCCCGCUUAUCUUAGAUGAAUAAUGGAUCCACGAGAUUCCUGAGUUUUAAUUAAUUUGUAGUUUGACUGAGGUUUUCGUUUUCGCGUUUUCUAGGGUUGUUGAAUUGAAUAUGGAUAUAGUAAUUAGAUCUGAUUUGGCGUUAUUUAUGUGAAAUGCACUUUUUUGAAGUAAAAUUGCCGUGGUUAUGAGUGAGUUUUCUUGUU